GUUAAAAUUGGAGUAUCAUAGUGAUAGGAAGAUAGUACUAAUUGAUUGAUUAAUUCCUAAAUCUCUUGAGAUGAUUGGAAGUAUCCUACUUCCGGCGCCGGCACAACUGUUAAGUCACCGGCUAAGCCUCUGGAACCGCCGUCCACGGCCAUGUCCUCGGUGCUCAUUGAGCAAACAAGGCCACCGCUUUCUCUCCACCCUUAUCGCCGCCGACUCCGAAGAUAUCUCCGCUACCCGCCACUUACUUCGCAAAUUCGUCGCCUCAUCUUCCAAACACGUCGCUCUCAGUACUCUAUCUCACCUUGUAUCUCCUACUACUACCUCUCAUUAUCGCCUCUGUUCUCUUGCCCUCCCCUUGUAUUUGGAAAUCAGUGAAGCGUCAUGGUUUGAUUGGAACUCGAAACUAGUGGCAGACUUGGUUGCAUUGCUUUACAAGCUAGAGAGAUUUGAUGAAGCUGAAACCCUAGUUACUGAAACGGUAUCUAAAUUGGGAAGCCGAGAACGAGAUUUGUGCAGUUUCUACUCUCAAUUAAUCCAUUCACAAUCUAAGCACAAUUCGGAGAGAGGAGUUUUGGAUUUUUGUACAAAACUGAAGCUUGUUCUCUUGCGUUCCUCGUCUGUUUAUUUGAAGCAACGAGGGUAUGCCUCAAUGGUUGAAGGAUUUUGUCUUAUUGGAUUACCGCGUAAAGCUGAGGAAUUGAUGGAAGAGAUGAAGGAAUUAGGACUGAAAUUGUCAAAGUUUGAAUUUAGGUCUCUAGUUUAUUCAUAUGGGAAAUCAGGAUACUUGAGAGAUAUGAAAAGGAUUGUAGUUGAAAUGGAGAGUAUGGGUUUUCAAUUAGAUACAGUUAGCUCGAAUAUGGUGCUUAAUUCAUUUGGAUCUCACAAUGAGUUGUCAGAAGUGGUUUCGUCGCUCCAAAAAAUCGAAGCUUCAGGUGUUCCAUUUUCUAUUAGAACUUACAAUUCAGUUUUGAAUUCCUGCCCAACAAUUAGUCUAUUACUGCAAGAUCUGAAGAGUGUCCCUCUUUCUUUGGAAGAGUUAAUGGGCAAUCUGGAUGAGAAUGAAGCGGUUUUAGUUAAUAUAUUGGUUGGAUCCUCGGUUUUGGAGGAGACAAUGCAGUGGAAGCCUUCAGAGUUGAAGUUGGACUUGCAUGGGAUGCAUUUGACCUCUGCUUAUGUGAUCAUAUUACAAUGGUUUCAUCAGCUUCAAUGCAAGUUUCUUGCUGAAAAUCGUGUUCUUCCAGGUGAAAUCAUAGUGGUGUGUGGAGCAGGAAAACACAGUGUUGUUAGAGGAGAAUCCCCUGUGAAACGGUUGAUCAAGGAAAUUUUACUGCGGAUUGGAUGUCCACUCAGGAUUGAUAGGAAGAACAUUGGAUGUUUCAUUGCUAAGGGAAAGAGUUUCAUGGAGUGGUUAUCAAAUUAUAAUGCCACUACACAUGAAAGGAUAUCAUGACAGCCACAAGUCCUAGAUGUUUAAUACAUUAAGAUGAUAUCAUGAAAGACCGCAAGAAGAAGCAGAAGAGGUUGAAUGGAUUGAUCCUUAUCAUACCAGUUGGUUAUGAUUGAGUAGAAACACGAUCAUCUGAUAUCCUCAAACAUGCACUUUUCUGUUACAAUAGCGAGACAGCUGAUAAGAGAAAGGUAAAUCAUCAUUAAUUGUUGAAGCAUGUCGCUUUUUGUUGAACAAUUAUCAUCAGCUAUUGAAGCAUCUAAAAUUUUGCUGAAUAUCAUGAGCUGUUCUAGCAUUUAAUAUUUGGUUAUUGGCCUAAAUUACCUGUGUUUCACAAUUGCAAAUCUCCUGCAUAGAAGUCCAACAAACAAAUCGAGCUGCAUAAGCAGUUCAAUGCAGCUCAGAAGUAAGCAAUCACAGCAUUUGGCACGCAAAAUGGAGAAACAAAUUGUUGCCAGAUAUCCUGUGUAAGCAAUAUAUGAAAUCAUUACUCUCGCAGGCUUUAUAAGCAAAUUCUUAAAGAUCAAGGUCCUUGUUUGGGUGAUUAUUCAUAAUAGUGGAAGACAAACACGAGGGCAAAACCUAUUUGCAGCAUAGAUUGCUCUACCUAACCAACCACAUUACAAUGUCUACAGCUCCAUAGAGAAACAUUGGGUAGCAAAAGUAUUGUCAUUCUGUCUCAUGAUGGUAUCCAAAUAACUGUCAGCAAUAAUUCAACAUCCACCACUCUGCAAGAUUUGUGAGACCAACGGUGGACUAAGGAGUAUUUACAAGUUCUUUGGGUCAAGAAGUAGGAACCUCUCCAACAAGUAUCAAAGAACAAUCUUGGUCUCCGCAGCAAGAGGCAAUAAUGAUGUAGCUCCAACAUGAACAAUAAUUCUGUGCAGCCGUGCUUCAGUAUUUCUGAUGUCCAGCCGCAGAUUUUAAGCAAGGUCAGCAGGAAGUUAUGUCCCAUUAUUUUAUUCGUGGUAUGAUAAUAAAUAUUAGAUCAAUGAUCAGUAGGUGGAAAGGAUCCCUGUACUAAAGAAUUUGGGCAACUGAAUGCAAUUCACUCAACUAACCACUUCCUUCUUGCGAAAGCGAUAUUCAAUGCAAGGGGACUUGCUAGCUUACUAUUAAUCAAAAGAAUCUCACUUCAAAGUAAUUUAGCUAAAGCCAGCUCCUAUUAAAUUUAUCAUUACUAGAAAUGUUGUGCUUUAUGGGCUCGUCUAUACGUGAAUCCUCCAAUAUUACAAUCUUACUUGAUCCCAAUUCAUCCCCGAACUGUAUGUUCUUGUAAUCCAUUUUCAUUCUACAUUAUAAAAAUAUCCUUGUUAUCUC